AUGCAACUCGUACCUAAGGAGCUUGAUAAGCUCGUCACCUCCCAGUUGGGGUUUCUUGCGCAGCGACGGCUUGCCAGAGGUGUCAAGCUGAACCAUGCGGAAGCUACCGCUUUGAUUGCUAGCAACUUACAAGAACUCAUACGUGAUGGAAGUCAUUCGGUUGCGGACCUUAUGUCCUUGGGAAAGACCAUGCUUGGACGCCGUCAUGUCCUCCCGUCCGUCGUGUCCAGCCUCUCUGAGCUGAUGGUUGAAGGAACUUUUCCUUCUGGGACGUAUCUAGUGACUGUCCACAAUCCCGUCAGUUCGGACGAUGGAAAUAUUGAAAGGGCUCUGUACGGCAGUUUCCUACCUGUUCCGUCAGAGGAUCUAUUCACGCUACCUGAUGCCUCGGAGCAAGACUGCUCGGAAUUGCCUGGUGCUGUGAUCACCGUUAAGGAUGGUAGGAUCGUAUUACUUGAAGGACGCAAGAGGAUUCGCCUGAAAGUCGUUAGCAAAGGGGAUAGGCCAAUACAGGUUGGUUCCCAUUAUCAUCUCGUUGAAGCAAAUCCACAGCUCGAGUUUGACCGGAUCAAAGCCUACGGAUACACACUUGACAUACCGGCGGGGACGUCAAUUCGCUUUGAACCGGGUGACACAAAGACGGUAACUUGCGUUGAGAUUGGGGGCAAGAGGAUCAUUUCUGGCGGAAAUUGCAUUGCUCCUGGUAUCGUAGACAUGUCAAAGAAAGAUGCCAUUCUCCGGACAAUCGAAAAUGCAAAUUUCGCGCACAAGGACGAGCCAGAUGCAGAACUUGAUUCACUCGACCCUUACACUAUGACUCGUGAGGCAUAUUGCGGAAUGUUUGGUCCUACAGUUGGGGAUCUCGUCAGGUUAGGAGCUACAGAUCUAUGGGUCAUGGUCGAAAAGGAUCUCAUCUUGCACGGCGACGAAUGCAAAUUUGGUGGGGGGAAGACGCUACGAGAAGGAAUGGGCCAGGCUAGUGGUCGUACGGAUGCCGAUACUCUUGACACGGUUAUCACCAAUGCCCUGGUAAUUGACUGGACGGGCAUUCUUAAAGCCGAUAUAGGGAUCAAGCAUGGCAUCAUUGUGGGCAUUGGAAAGGCCGGAAAUCCAGAUGUGAUGGACGGAGUUGAUGCUGCAAUGAUUGUUGGCUCGUGUACCGACGUAAUUGCAGGGGAAGGUAAAAUCAUAACCGCUGGUGGGCUCGACACGCAUAUACACUUCAUCUGUCCUCAGCAGGCUCAUGAGGCUGUGGCCUCUGGCGUUACUACCAUGCUCGGAGGAGGCACUGGACCGAGCGCUGGCACGAGUGCAACAACGUGCACACCAGGAAAAUUGCACAUCAAGCAAAUGCUCAAGGCUUGUGAUGAGUUGCCAGUCAAUUUUGGGAUUACUGGCAAGGGCAAUGACAGUGGCCACCAAGCUCUGCAAGAACAAUGCGUAGCUGGCGCCGCCGGUCUCAAGUUACAUGAAGAUUGGGGCAGCACUCCUGCGGCCAUUGACACUUGCCUUGAUGUUUGUGACGAGCAUGAUGUUCAGUGCCUCAUCCACACCGACACCUUGAACGAGUCUGGUUUCGUAGAGCAGACUAUCCAGGCUUUCAAGGACAGGACGAUCCACACAUAUCAUACAGAGGGUGCGGGAGGUGGUCAUGCCCCAGACAUCAUUUCUGUUGUCGAACACAAGAACGUGCUUCCAAGCAGCACUAAUCCUACACGGCCAUACACACACAACACCCUUGAUGAGCAUUUGGACAUGCUGAUGGUAUGCCACCACCUAUCGAAGGGCAUACCUGAAGAUGUGGCCUUUGCCGAGUCUCGAAUUCGGGCAGAGACGAUUGCAGCGGAAGACGUCCUGCAUGAUUUAGGUGCUAUCAGUAUGAUGUCUUCCGAUUCACAGGCCAUGGGCCGAUGCGGUGAAGUGAUCCUGCGAACUUGGAAUACUGCUCACAAGAACAAAUUGCAGCGCGGUCAGCUGAAGGAAGAUGAAGGAACAGGGGCCGAUAAUUUCAGGGUCAAGCGAUAUGUCAGCAAGUACACCAUCAAUCCGGCAAUUGCCCAAGGUAUGAGCCAUGUGAUCGGCAGUGUUGAGGUCGGAAAGCUGGCAGACCUAGUCCUCUGGACACCAGCAAAUUUCGGCACCAAGCCUACUAUGGUUGUUAAAGGCGGCAUGAUCUCGCAUAUGCAAAUGGGUGACCCAAAUGCUUCUAUACCGACCGUAGAACCAAUCGUCAUGCGUCCAAUGUUUGCAACCCUCGUACCCUCUACGUCCCUCACAUUUGUAUCAAAUGCAUCAAUCACCACAGGGACAAUAGCAUCGUACAAUCUGAAAAAGAGAGUUGAAGCAGUGAAAAACUGUAGGAAAAUCAGUAAGCUGGACAUGAAGUUUAAUGAUGCCAUGCCAAAGAUGAAAGUCAACGCUGAAACAUACAUCGUGGAGGCGGAUACUAUGGUGUGCAAGGCAGAACCAGCAAUGCAGCUGCCGCUGACCCAGGGGUAUUACGUCUUUUGA